GAGAUAAGAUAAGAACACCAACUAAAAGGAAACUUACUCGCUGGCCUUGAUAGUUCGUGCACAUCACUGUGUUCUACAUAUCGAUGGCAUAAUCUCGAAAUAAUUUUUUUAGGGCGCUUGUUUCUCCUCAUUUUUCCGGGUAUAGAUUAUGGGACACCAGAUACAUUUAUUUUUCUGUGACAUUUUCUCGAACUUUGUGAGGGAGCCUGUUACCAAUCCUAAUGUAGCGUGAGUGUGUCACACUUCCCAGGGUUUAGGUAGCCAGUUCACCAUUCUUGUUUGAGAAGGCUUGUUUAUGGGCUCUGUCAGUAAUUCAGUUUCAAGUUUGGGAAUUAUUUCAGCCCCAGACACUGGAAGACAAGACUCAACACAACUUGCUAUAUAGAAGCCCUUAUUUACAAACAACAACAAUCACGUAUUUGACAUACAUUGUCCUGGAAUGAUGUCAGCAGAACCAGAUUAUGGAGCUGCUCUUGGGCUCAUCAAACACCUUCCUACAGAGGAACUUCGUGAUCUUGUGAACAAUGAUGAUAAGCUCACUGAGCUUAUGAAGGACCUACCACAGAUGAAGAACUUAGCAAGUGAACAAGAAAUGUUACUAGCAGCAAACAAAUCCUUGGCAGAAUUCAAUUUGUCCCUUGAACCUAAAUUGUCACAGGCUAAGCAGAACCUAAUUUCAAAAUAUGAAGAAGCAGCUCAGUUGUCUGAAGAAGUUAAUGCCUUGAAAGGAGAAAUUGAUUCCACAAGUGGACAGUACUCAGCUGAUACACUUCAGGCCUUGUUGCAAACUGCUGCACAUGAGAUUGAAGAGGAAACUGAGAAUCUGGUCCAGUCCUUCCUUGAGAAACAACAUGAUGUAGAUGACUUCUUGUCUGAAUUCCUUUCGAAGAGGAAAACAGCACACUUACGGCGGAUUAAAGCAGAAAAAAUUGAAGAUAUUUUAAAUAAACAGAGUAGCACACACAGCUCACCAUAUACUUCCCAGCCUUCUACUGGUGGUGGUGUUGGGUAUGGAGCCAAUCAGUGGUCUUCGCCAUACCCCUCCCAACCAAUGAAUAUGCCUAUGCCUGGGUACCAUUAAUUUACUGGGCAAAACCUAAUUAAGUAAUAGUUGAAUUUUGUAAAAGUUCCUUGUGGUACAGUGUGUG